AUGCUCGGCUUCAGAUCUGAUCCAGUGGGCCACAGGGAAACGAAGCUCAAAACCAACCUAAUUCCUGUUGCCUCUCAACCUCUCCGCAUCCCACUCAACUCCGCCUCCCAGGCAGACUUCGUCACAGCCUCCACAGUCAUUCUCUCGUCCACAGAGCCCUCCGGCCCUCCGCCUGCUCGCCUCGCUCCCGCCUUUCCAGUCCCCUCUCGCACAGUUCCAGAGUUUUCUGCUCCUCCUCGCCUGCCUCCUGAACCCCACCAUCCCCGGCCAGCCUCAGACUUCGCCUCUGCUGCUGCAUACGCUCCUCCUGCUCCCGCGGCGCCGUCGUUCCGUGCUGCUGUCCCUUCAGCUGCUCCCGAUCGUGUCCCGAACCAAUCUUCUAAAACUCACGCAUCCGAUUCAGCAGCAGCAGCAGCAGAAGCAGCAGCAGCAGGCGGAGCAGCAGUCGGAGGAGCAGCACGGGGAGGUUGGGGAGCAGGACGUGCAAAACCACCAGCCAGAGCCGAGCCAGAGACCCUCCUAGCCCCCCCUCGGCCUCUCUUCCCGCUCUCUCCCCCAGCCCAGCAGCAUACCCCAGAUUCGCCUCCCCCAGUCAAGCCUAAGGCGCAACAACUAGCCAAGAAGCUGUUUGCCACUCCAUUCGCGUCGUCACCUGAAGGCUAUUCCACUGAGAGUGAUGUUCGCUGCUCCACAGGGACAGAUGUGACAGGGGCGCUGAACUGGGGGGGAUGGGGACAAGUGGGCGCGAGUGGCUUGGAGUGUGAGGGGGAAAGCCCUGUCAAGACACCAACACAAGAAAAGCCUUCAUCGCUGCAGCUGCAAGGUCCUGACAGCCCUGCUCGUACUCCGUAUCAGAUUCGUUCCCCUCAGCCACUCUCCCCUCGUUCACCUGCAAGCGCCAGCAGGAGCCCUGCUCCCUCCCAACCAUCACCUCAGUAUGCCCAAACCCCACCGCGUGAACCACUCUAUCCUCCUCCUUCCCCUGUCGGAGGCAGCAGGAGUCCUAUUUCCGCCGAGCCUUCACCACGGCCUGAAACUCGAUACGAACCCUGCUCGCCACCGCCUGAACCACUCUACCCUCCUCCCUCCCCUACAGGAGGCAACAGGAGCCCUGCUUCUUCCCACCGAUCUUCUGCUCCCCGAUCGGCAGCAGCUGCAGCUGCUCUGAGUGCCCUCGGUGCGGCUACUCUGGCAGCAGGAGGCCCUCCUCUUGCUGCUGGCACUCCUCCUGUAGAUGCACAGACCUACGCUCCCUAUUCCCAUGGCCCAUCACCACAUAGAUAUGGUUCGGAGAGUGUGACAAGUAGUGGAACAGGUGGGGGGCGUGAGUCGGCUGUUAAUAGCAGGGGUGGUGGCAGUGCUGGUGGGGUUUCUGUGGCCAGCAGCGGGCAUGGGUUUGGUAAUGCAGCAGGUGCUGAUGUGCAGAUGAGUGGCGGUGGGAGUGCUGCUGCUGCUUCUGCUGCGGCUUCUGCAGCUGUGGUUACUCCACCGGUCCCAACCCGGCUGGAUUUCCAGUCUCCUGUUGGGGAACCACGAAGCAAGAAGAGCGAGAGUGGGAGAGGCAGAGCCGAGGAGUCUGGAGGGAAGGGGAGCGUCCUGGGAUCUGCCUGGAGGUCUGGUGGAUCGAAUAAGAAGCUGCCACCUGGCACUGAUGGGGAGCGGUGGAAUGAUGACGAGGACGAUGAUGACGUGGCAUCGUCUGAUUCGUCCUCGUGUUCGGAUUCGUCUGAGAUGUCUUCCACGCUUGUGGCGGGCGGUGGCGAGGACUCGCCAGCUGGCACAAGAGAUGGAGACUCUGCCAGCUCAGCAAGGGGGCGGCUGAAGUGGCCUUUGCGCCAGCUGGCAUCGGGGCUGACAGCAGAGGAGCUUCAAGCAAGUGCCUAUGAGGUGCUGCUGCUUGCAGCAGCGGAAUCCGGGCUUGUGUCUGCACCAGCGCCUGGUGCCACCAGUGCAGCCAGCAGCGGCAGCAGCAAGAGCAAGCCCUGGCGGCCUGAAUCCCCCGUAGAGCCCAAGUCCAAGUCCCCAGGCGGCUUCAUGUCCCGCUUUGCCAAGAAGGUCGGGGUCAACGUGGGGCAGUUUAAGGGAGCCAAACCUGCUGCUGGCAUUGCUGCUGCUGGUGGUACUGGUGGCGGUGGCGGUGGUGGUGGUGGGGGUGGUGGAGAGAGGGGGAUUGGGGAUGGGAGUGGAGGGGAGGGAGGAGGAGGAGCCCUGUCCCCGGAGCUGGCUCGCAUGCGGCAGCAACUAGGGGUACGUGAUCGGCGCUUCUCCUGCCUUGUCUUACCGUACCCGAGUCUCUCCACGCUCUCCUCCUCUCAGCCCUCUUCUUCCCACCCCCCUCACAUACCGUCGAAAUGCCAUCCCCCAUCAGCCCCCUCAUCGGUACCCGAGUCUCUCCAAGCUCUCGUCCUCUCAGCCCUCUUCCUCCCACCCCCAUCACACACCGUCGAAAUGCCAUCUCCCAUCAGCCCGCUCACCGGUGUAGCAGCAGCAGCAGCAGCUGCCGCCAUUCCUCCCCUCCCGCUCCCGCUCUGCCUGCUCCUCCACUUCUCCCCCAUCCCCGCCUCCCUUUCCUCCUCCUUCUCCCCUGGAGUUGGUGCUCUGAAGGCCGCUGCUUCUUCUCUCGCUGCGUCAUUCUCCAAUCUGUCGCCAGACCUCCGUAGAGCUUUCUACCACAGACAGGUGAAGCUGCUGCAAGAACUGCUGUUGGACGCCACAGGCAAUGCAAAGCCACAGGGCACAGGAAAGGGAGGAGCGGGAGGAGCAGGAGGAGCAGGAGGGGAGGCACAGGGUGGGGAUGAUCGUGCUGAGGUGGCAGCCGCCCUGGAUGCCAUGCUGGCACUUGUAAAGGGUCACGAGUUCAUCACCUCGCCUCCCUCCUUUGAGGCCAAGUGGAGCCGGAAGCUGAGCGACCAAGUGGAGCCGGAAGCUGAGCGAGCUGCUUUUGAUUCAAGCCCACUCCCUCUUCCCCUCCCCCUCCCUCCCACACCCAUCCAGGGUCACGAGUUCAUCACCUCCCCGCCGUCCUUCGAAGCCAAGUGGAGCCGGAAGCUGAGCGAGCUGCGCUGGCUGCUGGUGGGGGGAUUCGCCUGGGGCGGCAGGAGAGGAAACGCAGCAGCACUGGCCGCAGCAGCACUGGCCGCAGCAGCAAGCCACAAUGCUGGCGGUGGUGUGAGGCAAGGGAAGCAGCUACCGGUGCUGCCUGGUGCCUGGUGUCCCACCCGAGCGACCUUCAACGCAUCUCUGUACCAUCAGCUGCUGUCCGCCUGCUGUGACCCCUCCGAUUCAGCCUCUUCCAUCGACCUCCUCUUUGAGAUGGAGGAGAGAGUUGAGGCCCUCAGGCCCACGUGGCACUCUCUGGGAGUGACACCUGUCACGCACAGCGCCCUGCAAGCUUGGACCCUCUGCCAAAAGUUCGAUGAGGUCCUAUCCUCAUCCCCCGCUCGUCCUCUCUCUCAUUCUUCCUUGCUCUCGCAUCAUGUCCCCUGUUCUCCCCCUCUCCUCCUCCAUCGUCUCCCUCCUCUUCCAGGCUUCAGUUCCAACUCUCCCUCACCCGCUCUCAUCACCGUCGCCAGCUGGCGUGACUACCACCACACGCUGCUGGAGGCUUCCAGCAGCAGUGGCGCGAGUGCAGACGGACUGGCAGCACUGGAAUCGGCUCUUGACUCGUACCUGUGCUGCUGCGACCUGCUGGAAGCAGGCAGGAAGAGGAGCAGCCGAAGACACACGGUGAGUGGGGUUCAUGGGGAGUGGAUGGGAGAAGGGAGGGUGGUGAAGAUAGGGGAAGAGAAAUGGGCAGUCAUUUUUUCAGACCGCCUUGCUUCUGCCCCAGGGGGACCACCGAGCAUGGAGCGAGUGGAGGACGUACUCGAGUUUGUUCACACGUCAGUGCUCUCCUCCUUUGACCGCGCGUGCCUAGAUGCUAUGGCAGCAGCAGCAGCAGCGAAAGCCCAGAAAGACGCACAGGAUCAGCACAAUGACGGAAGCUCCUCCUUCUCUUUCCCAGACUCUUCCACAGACGGGCCUGCUUCGGAUUUCAGAGCAGCAGGGGCGGGCGGAGAGGUGGGAUUGGCUCAAAUGGCUGAGCUGGCGAGGCCGGUUCCUCGCAGUGGUAUCAGAGCUGCACUGCACCCCGACUGCUGGAAGGAAGGCGUUUUCCCUCUAAACCCUCUCCAUGCGUUCUCACCACAUUCCACCAUUCCCAACGUCUCCCCCCCUGUGUACUUCUGCUUAUCCAUCACUACCCAUCAGGACCCGUUCCUCUCAGUGGUAUCAGAGCUGCACCCUGACUGCUGCAAGGACCCGUUCCUCUCAGUGGUAUCAGAGCUGCACCCCGACUGCUGCAAGGUGUUUUACGCUGUGGAUGCAUUCGACCGGCGCGUGCAGCAGGUGGUGCAGGGGGAGGUGUGGGCGGAGGAGGAGGAGGCGAAGAAGAGAGCAGGAGAGGGGCAUGGGGGAUACGGGCAUGCUUCUCAAAUUGCCAGCGAGCUGAACGCUUACCAGAUUGACCCUGUGAUGAAGCGUCUGUUCUCAGCCUGGGUGUCAGCGCAGCAGCAGAAGCUCCACGUGUGGAUGGAGAGAGGAGUUGAGGCAGAGACGUUCGAGCCGGCUUCAGAUACACUCAAGCACGGGGCUUCUGCAGUGGAUGCUGUGCGGCUGGUAGAAGAGGUCCUAGAGCAGUUCUUUCGUCUUGGCCUGCCCCCCCGCCUGCCCAUGCUGCAACAAAUAGUCCACAGCACCGACACCCUCAUGAGCGCCUAUGUUGCCAAGAUUGCCGCUCUCGGCCCCAGGGACGACCUCAAGCUGCCUCCACCGCCCCUCACGCGCUUCAAAGAAGACUUGGCUCAGAGGCUGGCUGAUAAGGCGGAGAAAAGGGCGGAGAGGGAGGAGAGGGUGCAGAAGGGGAAAGCGGGGUUGAUAGUGCACCUUCUGCACCCUCUCUUCUGCACCCUCUCUUCUGCACCCUCUCUUCUGCACCCUCUCUUCUGCACCCGCUCUUCUGCACCCUCUUCUCACCUGCGUCUCUUUGUGACAGCCGAGCUGGACAAAUCCGAGAAGGCUCUCUGUGAGCGCUGGGAUGAGUACGCUCCUCACCUCAAGAUCGAUGACAUGGCAGCCAUGGCCCCGUCUCAGCUCGCCUCCUCCCUCGCCUUCCGUCUCUCCACAGAGGGCGUGGCUGGGCUCAAGAGAGGAAGCUUCUAUGAGCAGACCACCACGCUCGCAGCACAGCGCAUGCAGACCCUCUCAGACUACCUCGGCACCAAGGUGGUGUGGUGGGACCUGAGGGAGGCGUUUCUGGAGGAGCUGUAUCGUGUGAGCGUGGAAUCCUGUCGCAUGAGCAACCUCAUGCUCAAGCUCGACCCGGUGUUGGGGGAGAUUGUGGAGACCGUCUCGGACUCUCUGAGGGAUCGUGUCGUCACCUCUCUCCUGCACUCUGUUCUGGAGGGCCUGCUGCGCGUGCUUCUGGACGGCGGGCCUCUGAGGGUGUUUGCUCAGUCAGACUACGAUGCCCUGGAAGAUGACCUCCGCAUUCUCAAGGAGUUCUUUGUGGCGAAUGGCAACGGCUUGCCACAGGAGGUUGUGAACAAGGCAGCAGCUCAGGUGCAGCAAGUGCUCAACUACUACUCCCUCAAUACUGCUGACGUCAUUAUCGUUUACAAGCAAGCAGCAGGAGCCAGUCAAGCAGCAGGCGGUGCGUUUCGGGCCUCGUCAUUUGUGAAGGGAGGUGGCGCAGGGCUCACUGGGCACGAUGCACAUGUGCUUCUGCGCGUGCUUUGCCAUAGGGCGGAUCGGGAAGCUUCCAAGUUCCUCAAGAAGCACAUGCACCUGCCUAAGUCAUAG